AGUAUGUCGUCAGACCCAAGACGUGUCUCUCUGUUUAAUCGAUGGCAACAGAAACAAUCCGAUGUACCAACUGGUUUGGAAGGUAUCAAUGAAGAGGAACUGAUCGAGUACAAGGAAGCAUUCCGGCUUUUUGAUAAGGACGGUAACGGUUCCAUCUCAUCCAAAGAAUUAGGAGUCGCAAUGAGAUCUCUAGGACAGAAUCCCACUGAACAAGAACUACUCGAUAUGGUAAACGAAGUAGAUAUUGAUGGCAGUGGUACUAUUGACUUCCCAGAAUUUUGUCAAAUGAUGAAAAGAAUGAACAAGGAAAAUGACAGUGAAAUGAUCCGAGAGGCAUUCCGUGUAUUCGACCGUGACGGUAAUGGAUAUAUCACAGCGGAAGAGUUUCGCUAUUUUAUGACGCACAUGGGAGAACAAUUCAGUGACCAAGAAGUUGACGAAAUAAUCGCCGAAGUUGACAUUGACGGUGAUGGACAGGUAAGAAAGACAUCAAUGUUCAUUCUCGGGGUUUCUCGGAUUUCCUUCUUCUUAGAACUCCCUCUUCUUAAAGUCAGAGUGUCAAGUUGUCUAAGUUCUUUUCGGAAUCCGAAGCAUUCAAAGCAGAAGAAAGAUAUUUCGUACUUUCACACUGCUCAGAGCAGCUGUUGA